AUGAGUACAUCUGUUGGUUACGAAGGGGCAGAUUGCCGGUGCCUCAGUUUCAAACGUUAUGAUCCGCUACCAGAAAAUGGGAAGCGUAAUAGAUUGGCGAAUAAUGAAGUCGAUGACAUUUUGGUGAAAGGAAUGAAACAUCUCAGUUUUGACGAGCUUCAGCGUGAGCAAGAGGAACUACAUGGAGUCUCUGAGAAUAUCUCCGAAAAUUCAGAAGAAAUCAAGCGUAUGCUCACUGAGCUAGACGACCAUUUGCAAUAUCUGAAGCCAGGGACUGCUUACGAAUCGGCAGAAACCAUGAACCAAGAGUACGUCCGCAAUGAUUCCAUCCGAAUGACCUUCUUAAGAGGAAGACGCUACGAUCCCAAGGCAUCAGCAGAUAAUAUGAUUAGAUACUUCGAUAUGAAGUCGAAGCUUUUUGGAACAGACAAGCUCACCAAGGACAUUACACUUCAUGAUUUGGACGAGGAUGACACUGAGUGCUUGCUUAAUGGAAGCUAUCAGCUUUCUCGACUCAAAGACAGUUCUAAUCGGACUUUGCUUCUACAAUUCCCAGGCCUGAGGUCUUACAAAACAUUGACCAAUGAACUGAGGGCUAGGUUCUAUUUCCACUUCAAAAUGAUCGAAUCGCUUGGUAACGACACUCGUGGAAUAGUCGUAGUCAGCUAUAGUGUGGGAAGGUUUCGAGAUUCCAUGGGCGGAGCAGGAAUGCUCGAGAACACAAGGAUGGGCAUGUCUAUGCCCUUUCAUGUUGCAGGAAUUCACAUUUGCAUGGAUGGUGAUGGAAAAGAGGCCUUGGUAGCCAAGGCGGCGAUUGCAGUGUGUAGUGCACAAAUGAAAGCCAAACUAAAGUUACACACAGGCUCACAUCAAGAAUGCCAAUACUUGUUGUCAACCUUCGGCAUUCCACGAGCUGCGUUUCCAAUAUCGUCGCUCAGCAACGAUGGUAUUUUGGAAAACCAGAUGUCUUGGUUCCGGAAAUGCCUUCGUUCGGAGCGUGGACCUCAAGGUGAAGAGGAUUCCAGCUAUGAGGUACCGCCAAACGAAAAUGAUGUUUUGUUUCUAGGCAGAACAGUCAACAAUGGUGGGAACGAGCGUCUUCGAACUCUAGUGGCACAUCACGCUGAGACAUACAAAAAUGGUAGCUCAAAAGACAAGCGCAAUGCAGUCAGUCUCAUUAUGGAAUCGAUACGAUGGAAUGGUGGUAGGUUUCUGAAGCCCAGUGAAAGUGGCCUGGAUUGGCAAGAGGUUCCCCUGUCAGAAGUCCGCCUCAAGUUAACACAAAUGUUCAGGAAUCAAAACCGUCCACGUGUAUCAAUUCAAAGGGGUAUUGCUAGAGAUUUCACUGAACAUCAGACAGGUCCGAUAGUAGAGACCAUUUCUGAUGACGAUGUUGUAUUGGGACGAAAGUAUACCUACCCGGGAAAUAAAAAACUUCGUCAACUCGUGGAAAAUAUGGCUGAAGAAUACAAUGCCUCAAACAGAGGUAGGAAGAAAGAAAUCUCUGAUAUCCUGGUGGGAACAGUAAAGAGCAAUGGGGGUAGAUUCUUGAAACAUAUCGACAAUGCAAGAUGGAUAGAGGUCUCGGACAAAGUUGCCGAGGUGAAGGUGUCUUCACACUUUCGUAACUUUCGAAGGAAGGCAACUGGGGAGUAG